UGAAACUUUGCUCCCCGGCAGGAGGACAUAAGGAGAGGUCUGCAGGGGAACCGCACCCGCGGCGCGCCUCGUACAGGACAAACACAACUCAAAGCUGCACGGAGAAAGGUCGCUGCAUGGCCAGGGGGGGACACCCGUUCUCCGGGAGCAAGAAGCUGUUCAAUAAUAAAGAGCAAUCGUGAGCCAGAUCUGGGGUGACUGACCCACAAUGGAGGGGGUCAAUGAUGAAGAUUCAUCCCCCGAUCUUUACCGUUCGGGAGAAGAGGACACUGCAUCAAUGCAAUGGUCCGACUUUCAACACGCCACGUGUGGUAAAGAGACCUUAGCGACCUUUCUGGAGGAUCUGGGGUUGAUGCAGCUCUACCCAGAGAAGUUGUCCCUGUGCACAAUACUUCAGAUUGACGAGAAGACCAUCAGUGAUGAACCUGCCAAGUGUAACUCAGAUCUACCAUGGUACUUUCUCAAGAAACUGAUGAUGGUUAAUGUCACAGCUAGAAAUGCAAAGUGUACAUCUGUAAGUCAGCCAAACCGUGAUGCUGCAGCAGCAAAGAAAGAGUUAGAUUUUGAUGAUCUGUUUGAGGAUCUGAAUUUAGGUGACAUGCUAAACCCCCUUGACAUAAUCACCGCCCUCUUUCUGUGUUCUGAUGGUUUUGUACGACAGGAAAUGGCACUUAAAAUGUCCAUGUGUCAGUUUUCUGUGCCUCUGCUGCUUCCUAAUUGUGAUACAAAGCAGUGUACACUCAUGCUUUGGGCCAUGAGAGACAUCGUCAAAAAGUACAGACCUCAGUCCCUUACAGAAUCCAAAGGCUUUAAUGAAGAAAGAAUUGUUCUCUCUAAACUUCCAAUGAUAUCUUUUGUGAGACUGGGUGAAUGCUCCUUGUCAAAGUCCGAGAUCCUCAAUAAGCUUCUGAGUAAUUCGCAGCAGUACCAUGACACCUUUGUUCAUCAUGACAUGGAGUGUGGUGACAGUCCAAGGAGAAUAUCCAAUGGACUGGUUGAAAUCACUUGGUACCUUCCUUGUGGGAACAAAAACAUGGAUGUCUUUAGUGAGCCGGUAGCUGUAGCUAACCUUCGUGGGGACAUUGAUUCAUUUGAAACACAAUUUUCAUUUUUGUGUGAGACAUCUGCAGCAGUUUUUGUCUUCUUUGACGCUUUGGAUUCUAAGUGUGAGCUGCUUACCAACCAACGACACAAAGCACAGAUCUUCUUGGUUGGGAACCAUCAAAGCAAGCGCUCCGGUAUAGAUGCUCUAAAAAAGGUAGCGACCAAGUUGGGCUUGACCAACAGCAACAUAAUAUUGAAGACUAAACAAAUGAAUGAUGCAGACUUUGUCAAAAAAUUGCGGCAGACAGUCAGCAAUGUUGUUGAGAACACAAAGGUGAAGAUGGGAAUCGAGGAAAUGGCUGACAUUGCUCAUGAACUGGGAAUCUGGGUUGAUGAAGAUUCUCCAGAGUGCCAGACUGCCAAGAAAAAUGCAGAUGCCAUCACUUCUGAAAUUCAAGAUAUCCUUGAAUACAAAGAAGCCCAGCUGCCCUUGCAAGGUCAAAUCUGGAAGGAACUGACCCGCUUAGAGAAGGAAGAAUGUCGGCUUCGAAAUGUUGGUUCUGAAAAAAUAGAAGACUACAAAAGCAAUCUUCAGGAAGAGAAAAGCAAACUUCGGGAACAACAGAACUCUUAUGACAUGUCAAAUGCAAUGGCAUGUUUCAUCCAGGCGAUAUCAAACCCGGGGACCGAGAGGUGCUACUUCCUGAAAUGGAUGCGAAUAAACCUUGAUAACGUGUCCCGAAAGAAACUGUCUUAUCUCAGGGAGCAGUACAAAGAAAAAUGCAAAAAUUCAGAAAAUAAAGAAGAAAUCAAAGAAAUUGACAGACAACUUUCCAAAAGCUCAUUGGGGAUUGAACACUUCUUCCGCGAAAUGGGUCAGAUCUAUGAAGCAUCACUUUCCCUUCCAGAAAGGCAUCCAUCACGCCAACAAUUACAGCAUCUGCCAAAACUCUGCGCACAAUUGUUACUUGAUGGAUUUCCCCUUGAGCUGGUAGAUGGAGAUGCAUCCAACAUACCUCUCAGAUGGGUCAGUGACGUUCUUUCUCAGCUCAAUGACUUGAUAUCAGCAAAGAGCAAAAUACUGGUGGUCACAGUUCUUGGAGUUCAGAGCACAGGGAAGUCGACUCUCCUCAACACCAUGUUUGGAGUGCAGUUUGCAGUCAGCAGUGGUAGAUGCACUCGAGGUGCUUUUAUCUUGCUCAUCAGAAUCAAGGAAGAUGUUAAAAAAGUUCUCAACUGUGACUUCAUGGUGAUUAUUGACACUGAGGGCUUAAAGUCACCAGAGCUUGCACAGCUGGACAACAGCCAUGAGCACGACAAUGAGCUUGCAACCCUUGUUGUGGGACUGAGUGAUAUCACCAUCAUCAAUAUUGCAAUGGAGAAUUCGACAGAAAUGAAAGACAUCCUACAAAUAGUUGUGCAUGCUUUCCUCAGGAUGACAGAAGUGGGAAAAAAGCCCAAAUGUCAGUUUGUUCACCAGAAUGUGUCAGAUGUUUCAGCCCAUGAGAAGAACCUACGAGACAGGAAACUGCUUCUGCAACAGUUAAACGAGAUGACCCAGGCAGCAGCCAAAAUGGAAAAGAAAGAAGAGAGCAAGAGCUUCACUGAUGUGAUGGAGUACAGCCCAGACACUGGGAACUGGUACAUUCCUGGACUCUGGAAUGGAAACCCACCAAUGGCACCAGUCAAUGCAGGGUACAGUGAAGCCGUGUACGAGCUGAAGAAGAACAUAAUCCAAAUUUUAGGAAGAUGUCAAUCAACUGCCAAUGAUGUGUUGGAGUUCACAGAAUGGAUAGAAAGUCUUUGGAAUGCGGUGAAGCACGAAAACUUCAUCUUCAGCUUCAGAAACAGCCUUGUGGCUGAUGCAUACAUGAGGCUGUGCACAGAGUUCAACAAAUGGGAUUGGGAAAUGAGAAAGUUCAUGUACACGUGGGUUCUGAAUGCCGAAACAAGGAUUCAGAACUUUGGAACUGUUGCUGGGAAAUCUGAGAUAUCUGAAAUGUCAGAAUUUCUCACACAAUUGAAAAGUGAAGCUGGCACAGUGCUUUCUAUAUGGGAGACAAAGCUUCUUGACAGUCUGGCAAAGUACUUCAAGCAAACAGAGGGUCAUGUCUAUCUGGUGGAAGGAUACAGAGAGAACUUUGCAAGCAGUGCGAAGAGUCUUCGACGAGAACUGGAGAACUCUGUGUUUAAUCAGCUCACAGCAGCAGCUGACAUCAGACAGGGGAUGACGGAACUUGAUAAAAUCAAGGAGAACCACACAAAACAAUUAGAAGAGAGAGUGUGUGCAUUGAUUGAAAAGUGCCAGAAGAUAAAAGUCCAAAUGACAGAAAAAGAGCUGGAUGAAGAAUUUGACAACAUGUGGACUAAAACAUUGAAGGAACUCUCCUUUUCAGAAAUGGAGGUCAAGGACAUUUACACUAGUGUGUCUCACCACCUGAGACAAAAUGUACAGCACAAGGGAAGUCACGCAUGCAAAUUGUUAAAUCAAAAGAAGUUGCAAGAUUGUGGACUUGAACCCUUCAACAUAACAGCUGAAGGAUUCUUAAAGAAAGUGAUUGGAUGGUUUUCCAGUCACCCAAAGGCUGUCCAACAAGUUGCAGACAGCAUCAUUUCAAGUUGCACACAGUGUAUAACUGGAAAAAAGCAAAGUAAAAACAAUUAUCAUGACACUUACAUCCAGGAGAUUUUGAAUUUGAUCGAUGAGAGGCUGCAAAACCAUCAGGAUGUUAUGACAGACAUCGGGUUUGAAGUUUCUCUCAAACAGCACAUCUGUGGAAUCGCAGCAAGACAGUUUCAAGAAAUGCAUCAAGACUUCAUCAAUGUGAACGAUCCCCACAGAUGCCUGAAGCAAAACAAGGAAAAGUUCCGCACAGAUUUUAAAGAUGUGUUCAAUGAACGAGACCAGUGCCACAAAAAGGCAGAAGAAUUCAUGAAGAGCUGCUUGAGGCCUGCAGUCGAAGACUUUGUCAACCGUUUCUUGGGUCCUGAUAUCAUUGGUGAAAUGCUGACAGACCAGAAGUUCAGCACACGAAUGUUCUUCCAGUCUUCAGUUUUAUUGGAUUUGUUAUCAAAGGAUGUCUUUGAGAACUAUCGGAGCUACAUUUGCUCUUAUGAAGAGUACGUAAAGAAAUGGAUACUGGACCAAAUGGUGGAGCGCUUCUCAAACAGCUCUGCAAUGUCGGAGUUUGAGGAUCGACAUCUCCUGUCAAGUAUCAAGAGCAUAAAUGAAGCAGUUAACAAAGCUAAAACCAAGAAGAGUGGAAACCUGAGGUCAUUCGUUCAAAAUGUCUGUCAGGAACUUGGUGAUAAACUGGUCAUUUCCCAAGAUGCCCUUGUUACUUUCAUGGUCCUGAACAAUGCCGACCAGGAACUGUUUGCUCACUGGCUGACUGGCUGUGUGAAGGAUAUGAAACAGUUCCUUGAAGAGAAGUUUAAAAAAACAGACAUCUUAACAAAACUACAACGAUUAAACGUGAAUCCUCAGAACGAGCUUUGCGCCAAAAUGAUUGGAUGUGGUAAACAGUGUCCGUUCUGUGCAGCGCCUUGUGAGGCAGGAGAAAAAGUCCACUCCGAGCACUGGACCUCAAUACAUCGGCCGCAGGCUCUGGGUACAUUCAGGUGGACUCUUGACAGAACAGCUUGUCACUGACGUAUGCUCUACAUCUGUGAUCAGUGACGCAAGUUUUCGCUGCUCUGCCACAAAGAAUGAAUGGCACCCCUACAAGCGUUACACAGAGAUUUACCCAGACUGGAGAAUCGCUCCAGAUAUAAGCCUUCAGGCUUCAGACUACUGGAAAUAUGUAGUGGCAAAGUUCAACAAGCAGUUUGCCAAGGAAUUCAAUGCAAAGCCUGCAGAUGUUCCUUCAAGAUCGCAACUGAUCACACGUAAGGAAGCAGAAGCAAGCGUCAAAGUCUCCUUUAACAUCAAGUGAGAGACGACAUGCUUUCUGGUUACAGAGGCGCACAUGCUCAUAAAUAUUCAACAUCCUCACAUGGAUAUUUAGAUCUUAUUAAAUUUGAGAGCUGAAGAUAUAGUAAGUACACAUGUUUUAGAUGUUUUCUAUGUUAAUGAGGAAAACUCAAAAUACACAUAUAUUGAUCCAAUGUAUACGUAAAGGGCACAAGUUAGAAUAUACUAAAUGUCUUGUGUUCAAUUAGAAUCUGAAAUCUGUUUUUCACUGUGUCCAUCAGUGAAAAGAUGGACACAGGGAAUUAAAUGCCUUAUCUCUUAUUAGUUUUUCUCAAAUAGAAAUUAGACAUUCGAGGGUUGCAGAACAAUUGUUUCAAUCAAGUUGUAUGUGAUGUGUAUUUCAGUUUUACUCUGGAUAAGAAUCUCAAUAUAAAAAAGUAAACAUCGUUUGACGGUUCAUUGAAAUGUAGAUUGUUUUGCAUCCUUAAAUAUAUAUUAAAAGAUCUGUAUAUUAAAUAUCUAUAUAUUCAAAUAUAUUUAUCCUUGUCUAAAUUUAAAAUGUGAGUUUCCUUUUUAUUUAACAAUAUAAUCUUAUUUUAACUCCACUAAAUUUGUCUGCGUUUCAUUUCAAUUAGUAUUACUUUGAAAGUUUUUAUUUUUCAGGAGAAUAGAAAUAGGACAAUAUAGAUAUAAAUAUUCUAGAUGGGGUUUUGUUUACAAUUAUACACGACAAAAAUGUAAAUAUAUGCUGGAAUUAUUCUUAAGAAUCGGAUUACACAUAUUCAUGAUUACGAAAAUAUAUAGAACUUAUUUUUGUCUUCUGUUAAAAUGUGUACUUACCUUUGUUCGCUGUAUCAAUAAAGAAACAAAAUUGGCAAAAUGGCUAUGAAUGUCUUUAAUGUUUCCCAGAUCGAAAUCACAGCAUACAGUGUAUAAUAACCUCUAAAGUAAACAGAAAUAUCAUCACCGCAUUUAUUUAUAUAGUUUAACUAUACCUUUUUUUUAAUAAUCUUUUUUUAAAUUCCAUUAUCUAACAUUUUUCUUCAUCUCGGGUUUUGGGUAUCUGAAUUCCACAAAGAAUGUAAACACAAGACAACAGGUGCAACCUGAUGCAAUCGAGACCAAGCUGGAGAUUUAUGUGAGUGAGUGAGUGUGUGAGUGUCACUGCACCAUAUGCGCUCUGUGCACCACGGGCUGACCACAGAUCUCAUAAUAUCUCAGUGAUAAUGAAGCCAUUUUUUGGUUUGCUUGGCGGACUGUAGUUUUUGGGCACCAAACCGAAAUCCAGCGGCAACACUGAACCACAGCAACUCACUUCAUGACACAGACGAGGCGAAGUGUGUGUCCACGUACAUCCAGUCUGAUCCACUGUUGGACACACGCUCACACUCUAAAAGCGCACAGGACUUUUUGCAGAUACAUUUUAUCCAUCUCAACUGCUGCGAGCAUGAAGCUCUCCACUUCUCCUUCACAUGACUAAGUUCAACACCACCUCUUUCACCACAAUGCCACACAGUGUGUGGAGGCAAAAAGUCCUGUGUGAUUUCAUUUCUCUCUGAGGCAUCGUAUGGUGUGAAAGUCCUGACCAGGAAUCACAGCCCGAGCCCCCACACCAAGGGAAGAGAAGUUGUUAGAAUUAAAAUCCAAAAACUCUUUCAAUUGGAAAUGAGCAAAAGUUAACUUCAGCGUCUUAUGCUCUCUGCCGAGUGAGGGCUGCAGUGAUGAUGCAUUCAUGUCACAGUGUUUCUCCUGGUAAGGAAUCAUGGUGCUACAGGAUGCCCUGGUAAUUGUGGACAAUGUGAGACAAAGGGGAAGAAAAUGUAUUUAGGAUGUUAUUAAUGGAAAGCAUUUUUUUUUUACCUCAAGCUUGCAGCCAUUUUCUGUUGUUGCCAACUGCACCUGUUGUCUUUUGUUGUCACAAAAUAGGCAUUUCAUUCAUUCACAAAAAAAGAAA